CAUCAUUAUUCAUCAAUCAUCAGUCGACUAUAGCAAAUAAUAUCGUAAUGUUGAUUUAACUACCUUUAUUGUUGCGAAAUAAAUGGAAGUACCUAAUUUAUAAUAGUUAUAUUCCAUAAUUACCUAUUGAAUUGAUAUUGGAUUCUUAGACAUCUGUUGUUAAUUAAAUUGCAUCAAAUAUUAAUGUUGAUCGCAGUUGAAAUUGUUGAGCUACUGAACGUAUAUUUCCAGUAAUUAUAUUAUAAGCCAUUAGGUUUUCCUGUUGAUAAAUCAUAAUGUCCAAAUUAUACUUGUGAACAUUUUAAGCUUCAAUACUGUUUAUAAAUUUAUUUAGUAUUACAUGUUAUACAGCCUAAUACUUAUUUUUAAUUCGGUCUCAUUAUAUAAAUUUGGUUUUAUGAACACUGUUGAAGGCAGUGCCUCAACCAAACUCAACGAGUGGAUCUGAAAUUGUCAGAAUCUGAUGUAGAUCAGUAAGUUUGAGAUAGGUACAUUUUGUAAAUAUCUUAUAGUACAAUGGCCCAAGAAAAUAUAAUACAUGGAUCUGCAAUUCCUGAUUAUUUGUUAAACAGUAAAUCAAAUUUAAGUCAACACUUUAUUCGAUUACUCAGUGAACUUGGAAAUAAAACUGCAAUGGUUGACUUUCAUGAUGGGUCUUCAUUUACAUUCAGUGAAAUUUUGCAUGCAAGUUAUAAUAUAGCAAACUACUUAAAAUAUGAGUUUGGAGUACAAAACUCUGAUAUUGUUGGAAUAUUUAGUGAAAACACAAUUUGGUAUCCAUCUCUUUUACUGGCAGUAUGGCAUGUUGGAGGUGUUUGUGCAUUGUUCAAUCCUAUGUAUAAUACAAAGGAAUUAACACAUGUGCUAAACAUAACUAAACCAAAAAUUAUGAUAACAUCAAAAAUGGGGUUGGAAAUUGUAAGAAAUACUGCCAAACCUCUGGAUUUUAUCAAAUAUGUGUGUCCUAUCGAUAUACUUUGUAAUACUAGAACUACUGAAGAAAAUUAUAAUUUUGUACCAACCCCACGUGACAACAAACAGACUUGUGUGAUAUUAUUUUCAAGUGGAACAACUGGAUUACCUAAAGGAGUAGAGUUGUCUCAUAAAUCUAUAUAUCUCAUGAUUUCUAUCUUAAGUCACAUUGAUAAAUUUACUACUCAAACUGAUACCAUGAUGGGUCUAGUGCCUAUGUUCCACGGAUAUGGAUUACUGAUAAUAUGCAUGUGCUUGUCAAUUGGCAGCAAGGUCAUAGUGCUUAAAUAUUUUGAUGAAGAAUUGUUUUUAAAAUCUAUUGAAGUUCAUAAAAUUACAAUUGUAUUUGCUGUACCSCCGUUGAUGAUAUUUCUUGCUAAACAUCCAUUAGUAGAUAAAUACAAUUUAUCAUGCUUGAAUGUAAUAUAUUCCGGUGCAGCUCCAUUAUCCUUAGAAAUUGAAAAUGAAGUAAUCAAUAGAAUAGGUAAAAGUAAACCAUUAAAAGUAUUUCAAGGAUAUGGAAUGACUGAAUUAUCAAUUGUAUCAACAAUUCCUGGUCCAAAUGAAGCUGAACAUGUUAACGGUUCAGUUGGGAAAUUAAUAUGUGGCAUGUCAGGAAAAGUGAUUGAUUUAAAUAAUGGAAAACCAUUGGGAGUAAAUAAAAGUGGCGAAUUGUGUUUCAAAGGUCCCAUGGUCAUGAAUGGUUAUUAUGAGAACCCUGAAGAAACAACAGCAACAAUUGAUGAUGAAGGGUGGCUCCAUACAGGGGAUGUUGGAUACUUUGAUAAAUAUCAUAAUUUUCAUAUUGUUGAUAGACUCAAAGAACUUAUCAAAUACAAAGGAUAUCAGGUGGCACCUGCAGAAUUAGAAUCACUGUUAUUAACACAUCCUGAAAUUGAAGACGCAGCAGUUACUGGACUUUCAAAUUUAGAAGCCGGUGAACUUCCAAUGGCGUUUGUAGUUAAAGCUCCUAAUUCAACUCUUAGUGAGAAAGAUAUUGUACAAUUUGUUCACAAAAAUGUUUCAGCACAAAAGCGUCUUAGAGGAGGUGUACAAUUUGUGAAAAGUAUUCCCAAAAAUCCAAGUGGUAAAAUAUUACGUAGAGUACUUAAAAGCCAAAUUAAUCAAUCAAAAUUAUAAAAAUGAGCACAGUAAUAUUUUAUUGAAGAUAGAUUAGUGUACUAUGUAAACUAAGUACAGUUUAUUUGGGGAAAAAAUUGGAAUUUAUGUUAAGAKGUUUAUUAUUGUAUUUAGUUAAAAUAAAUAUGUUUAUAAAUUAUAAUUUGUGCAAG